AUGGCAACGGUAAGUGGUGCAGCUAUCUUUAAAAAGAAGAAUGGGUUGCUCUCUAUAUACGAGACGGCUGACCCACCCAUGCUCAAAUGGAUUGCAGCAGAUCAAUCUGUUGCCAUACCCAGGCUAGAUAUCCCUCUUCGAUCAAUAACGAACCUUCAAGCCUCGCCUGCCACAUCAGAUAAACUAUUAAUUCGUUUGGUUCAUACGCUAGAGGGUGAAGCAGAACCAAGUAAAACCGUCUUCAGUUUUACCAACAAGAUGAUUAUGGAAACCAUAAAAGAUUCGCUCCGAUUGAUUGUCGAACGGCAAGAAAUGUCCAAAGAAACUACCAAACAAUCACAAUCGCUACAAAUUCAACUAACACAAUCAAAAGACAAUCUAGAAGAAAUAUUGGACCCAAAGAAAUUAUUGGACAAUCUAGAACUUCAACAGCGAUUACUCAAUAGCGAACCAGGUCUAAAGCAGGUUUUCACAGAAACUGUUAUUAGAAAUAAACUAGAUCCACAAGAGUUUUGGAAAACCAGACUCCAUUUAUUGGGUACAUUUGCCUUAAAGAGCAAAGCAAAAAAGGGUCCAUAUAAUGUUUUGAGUACCAUUAGUUUGGUGGCAUCCAGUUACAACAGUGUCGAAUUGAAUGUGACCAGAGAAAAAAUCCACGCAAUCUUUGAUCAAUAUCCUAUCGUCAGAAAGGCAUACGAAGAUAAUGUGCCUAGAAUUCCGGAAGGGGAUUUCUGGUCGAGAUUUUUUGCGUCCAAAUUGUUUCGUAAAUUACGUGGGGAGAAACCCAAUAAGAAUGAAAAAGGGGAUCUCAUUCUUGAUACGUAUUUGAAAGUGACCGAUGAAGAACUUGCAUUAAUGGAUGAAGAAGACAAGAAUGCCAAACUUGCCGAAAGAGGAGAAGAUGAUGUUAAUAUUGAUGAUAUUGUAAUAAAUAGAUUCUAUAAUGUGGAAGGCAAUGAGGAUGAUAAUUCACAAAAAUUGGGUAAUCAACCCGAUUUUACAAUGAGACCUGAUAAGGAUAAGGAUAUGAUUUCUAUUAUGAGAGGGUACAACAGAUUGAGUAAAAAAUUGGUGGCUAAUGUGGAAGAUGAAGAAAAUUACAUAAAGGCCAAAAGAAGAAAAAUCUCACCAGCAGCAGAAUUGGAAGAGGAGAUCAAAGAAAAAACAGAAGAGCUUCGUUUCGAAGAUUUGGGGCAAUCAAAUGAUGCAGAAUUUGUGGAAUUGCACGUAAACAACUUCAAGUCAGUGCAAAUUAAUGAUAAAUCCAGUACCGUCGGUGAUGCUGAGGUGGCGAUGGUGGUUGACAAGAUGAAGAAUUACUUCCCUGAAGGAUCAAUUGAUUUGAAAUCGGUUUAUCAAGAAAAACAGUCCAUUGAUCUUGUGAAUAAAGAAAUCUUGUCUAAUCUCAUUAAAAAUGCUAAACAGUCAAAACAGAACUGGCAGGUUGCCCAAACCAUGGAGCGGGAUUUCAUUGGCAGCACUAUUGCUGAUCCUACAACAGCCAGUAUGUCUGCAGUUGAAAAUAUAAUGAGCGCCAUUGGGUCAUCGACACAGGUUGAUCAAGUGUCUUCUGAUAAGCUCAAAAUCCCAGGGCCGCUGGUGGAAAACCUUAGAUUGGUCCAUAUUACGUCUGAAGAAUUUCUCAAGCAUUUUUGGCUACAUUUCAAUAGCGGAGAUCCUGCCCAAGUGAACACCACAAAAAGAUUGUACAAUAGUAUCAAAAAAUGUGUGAAGAGAGUUUAUGCUGCUAUCAAAACUGUUAAAGACUCUGCACCUCCUGAAAAAGCUACUGAGCAUGAGGAAUAUGCUAAAACUUUAUUAUUGCCAGUGAUCAAAUCUCUUAUUAAGGCGAAAAAAGAGUACGAAUUGGCAGAAGCCAAUGCAAAGGAAUAA